AUGGAUCAACAGGAGCCCAUAUAUGUGGAUUCAUUCCAGGAUCUAAAUUCUACAAAUUUCUCAUCGUCAACGUGCAACUCCUCAGAGUGGUGUCUGUUUAAUGCUUUAGUUCCUCCAUACAUCUUUAUUGUAUGUUUGGUUGGUAUUUUGAGCAAUGCAUUUGUGCUGUUGGUAUUCUUCUUACAAAGAGUCAAGUGGAGCGUGCCUGAAAUCUACCUAGGGAACUUGGCAUUGGCUGAUCUGAUAUUGCUGACUUGUCUGCCAUUCUGGGCCAUGAACAUCCUAAAUGACUUCUACUGGCCAUAUGGAGAGAUCCUGUGUAAAGUUGUUAACCUCUCCAUCAUCGUCAACAUGUACGCCAGCAUUUACAUAUUGGUGAUGGUUAACAUAGACCGAUACCUUGCUCUAGUCCUGACUAUGAAAGCGAGAUGGUUUAGACGAAGACGGAAUGCCAAGAUAAUUUGCUUCUGUGUCUGGCUUUUUGGAGUUGGCAUGGGCGUACCCACUGCAACUUUCAGAAAAGUGCAGUAUGUCCCGUAUUUUCAUACCACAGCCUGUAUAAUCCAUUACCCUUCUGACUCCUGGAAACUGGCCCACAAUCGUCAGUUGGUCCUGUUGGGCUUUGCCUUGCCUCUUCUGGCUAUUGUUUUCUGUACCUGCAACAUUGUAUGGGUUCUUCACAAAAGAAGGGAGGGGGUUCGGCCACAGAAUGAAAAUGACAGGAAGGCCACAGUGCUGGUGUGCGCCGUAACCCUGCUUUUUUUCCUCUGUUGGGCUCCAUUUAAUAUUUUUACCUUCCUGGAUACUCUAUGUGACACUGAAGUGUUGGAUAUAGAUAGCUGGUCUCACAUCUUAGACAUUGGAUCACAGUUCUCUACAUACUUGGCAUUUCUAAACAGCUGUCUCAAUCCACUACUGUAUGUUUGCUCGGGGCACUAUUUCAAGAGGAAAGUUAGUGAAAUCUAUAAAAGGAGGAAGAGUUCUACUGCAUCUAUUGCUACAGCAAUGCAGCGAUCAGUUAUAUCAACGUAUGUUCAAAGAAGUGAACAAAUUAAGCCUGUUGUGCUGUAG